UAAAUUCUAGCGUUAAGACAGCAUUUCAGAAGCAUACGCUAAAGUAAAUUUGUAAGCUUCGAUAACUGCUACUUUAAGACCGAAAAGAACCUAGACACUUUCAACAUGUACAAACUUACGGUCGUAUCGCUUUUCUUGUGGGUAUUGACACUGUCUUACGCGCAGACGCAGCGGAACCGGUUCACGGAGUACUUGUUGCGAUCCAAAAAGUUCGAUCCAUUCGGAAAUCUACCGAAAUCACAAUUCUACUCCGAUCCUUUCGGAAAUCUACCGGAACCGCAGUUCUACUCGAAAAACGAGCAAGACGAAAGUUCUUUCUCUAUGCCGGAUGCCGUCCAUGCGCCACUGAACUUCAUCGCGCCUCCGUAUCCCAUAAGCUCUCGGAUGUCUUCGCCGAGGAACAAAGUACCCCUACCACCGGCUAUGUUUGCUAUGUCUACAAUUUCCCUUCCGAAACUGACGCCGAUCAUGAAAAUGGCGGUAAUUCGGGGAAUCUUCCAGGCGAUGAUGGAGAUGCACCUCUGUGGAAGCCUAGGAUAUGCCAACUACCAAUGCAUGGCUUUCGCAUUCGGCCUCUACGACCCUUUGAUAUAAAAACCAAUAUACAACCCCACGUCACAUCCGGAACCUUCUGACAUCACUCCGUCGCGAAAAUAUAUGACACAGAACUAAGACGCCCAUGAUGUGUUCUCUUUUCUUGAUUAUGUUGCUUACAGUGGCGUUUUGUCAUAAUUGUUAUUGUAGGUUUCGUUUGGUUUUGUUGCUGGUGUGGCGAUGCUGAUUAAAUAUGAUAUGAAUAUGAAUAGUAGGAUGGUGUCAAAGACUAUCGAGUUAAACAUUUAUGAAGAUGUAUGCAAUUAUGUACUGUUGUUAAUGUUGUGAUUUAUUUAGCAAUUUUAAUAUUUGUAAUUUAUUGAUAAUUAUGCCCAUAAGAUGUACACAUGUACCAUUUAUGUAUGAUUUACUGCUUAACUAUAAAUAUGAUGACUA